UACUCCCUAUGGUGCCCCUAAGGAACAAGAACAGAAGGACGAAACCUCCAAGCCCGUGUUAGCCUGAUUGGAGUCACCCGGCCGCGAAGAUGCCAGGACCGGAAACCCCUAGACAUUCACGCCAAGCUUCGAGCGUCGAUGCAUCUUAUCAGAACUCGAGUCCUGCUAUGUCGUCUAACAGCCGCCGCCUGUCCAAGUCCUCCUUACAAGAGCCCUUGACACCUCUACGUAAUAGCAUGAACGAGUCUGAACUUAAUGAGCUCAGCGGCGGUGGUAUAGUCCAGGAUAAUGGGCUUGGGAAUUUGGCGGAUGAAUUAGCAGACGCUUUGUCUGGGUCUGGCGAAGACGAGGAGUUCUACGAAGAUGAGAGAGGAUCGCAAUCAAGAGACAGUGCCGGUCAGGACAGGCUUGACGGGACCAGAGACAGUGGCGUUGAUAUCGCAAGCCAACCGAGUCAACAAGGGAGAGCCAAGAGCACCAGUCUGAGUGUACCGUCACCGUCUGGUCGCGGCCAUCGACGAACAGGGAGCGUGUACGAUGGGAGCGAGUACGGUUCCGAAUCGGAUCUAGAUUCGCCUGGCAUGCCCCCGAGUUUGGUUGCGAAGAUUGACGCUGUCGAGUCGCUGGCCCGGAGAGGCACAGAGAGCAACGGUGGGCCGACUGAUGGCGUCUUCAAACGGGUAACGGACGGACUGAGAGACCUCGGGUCCCAGUCUAGCGUGGAGGGGAGUACUACAAGGUUGAUUACUGCUCACUCGGCCCUGGCGACACACUUGGCCCACCAGACGCGGCAAAUCCACAACCUCACUUUCCCUCUUUUGUCUCCACUCGUGCCGGCCCCGGAUCCUGACACCAUCGACUCGCUUAUCCCGUUGCUAGCCUCGGUCUCGGAUAGCAUGCCGCGGCCCGCGACCUCAGCGUUCAACUCAUUGGCGGCUCUGCACUCUGUGACAUCAGACUUAAUUCAAACCCUGAACUACCUCUCAGACACGCUUCAUAUGUCACGACAGACGACAACUACCGCCACGAGGCGGCUGAGGACCGUCAAGGAGAUGGUGGCUGAGAUGAAGCGGGAAGAAGAACUCAAGGAGGAAGGACAGAGAUGGUUGACAAAGGGCAACUGGAGCGAGAGGUUGGAGAAGCGAGAGUGCGCUGGCGUAUGCAGGGACGUUGUAGGGGGGUUCGAGGAGUUGUGUGAUGGCUGGAGAGCUCGGCUCUUGGCCCAGGCGGAAUCAGCAUAAACACGGCAUGGCACGGAAACUCUGCGGAAAUCCGUUCCCUUUGAAGCGGGCGUGGAUGCUUCGCCCCAGAAUCAGCGUGGGAAUUAGGAUAGCGACAAGGCCUGG